AGCCGGAGCCGUAGAUCCGAGAGCCAGUUUUGAAACAACUUCCGCGCUUGCUGACGACCAUAUCGCAAACUUUUGCCGACUCCUUUGCCGUACCACGUGUUCGCGAGUUUUAUAAAUCACAUAAACUUUUACGAUUUAUGUAUUUGAAAUUGUGUACACAGUGGAUUUAGUUUUUUAUUUUUUCACUUUGAUACAUAUAAUGCUUGAUAUAAAUCCUAACUGAACUUCAGUAACUAUUAUCCUGAAGGACUAAAACUUCAUAUUCAACAGAAGGGAAAAUGCGAACAGGUGAAUACUAGACCAACACAAAUUCACGUUCAUCUUCCCAAUUUCCAUCAGUUUUGUUUCUAUAUAGAGCAUUAACUUUUUGUAACAAAACGCACCUUUUAUCCAUCAAAACAGUAAAACCUAAAUCAUGAACAGGACAUAAUUGUAUUGGGUCCUUUUAUUCUUAAAUUCGUAAACGUUGUGUACAUAUUAUUCCUGUGCCUCAAUGGCUUCAACAACAAUAGCAACAUUCACGUGUUUCGUAAUGAUGAGUUCGUUUCGCGUUCGCGUCCGUUCCUUCAAUGGCCGUUUCUGAUCGUUUCGAAUUAACAUCCGGUCACUAAAGCUGUGAUGUAGCGAUGAUAUUUCGAAGAAGAAGGAGAAGAAGGAGCAGCAGCAGCAGCAGCGGCAGCAGCAGCAUCAACAACAUUAUCAACGACAACAACAGAAAUAACGUCAGACAAGGAAGUGGAGAAUGGCAGCAACCGACGAGGAGCUGUCGUAUUCUCAUGGAGAAAGACCGCUCCGAAACCCCCUCCAUAUCACACGAUCCAGGUCGUUACCCCAUUUAUCCCAUCAUGAUUCAGGACUGGGAAGCUAUUGCGGGAAUUCUGGAGCUGAUGAUGCUCCAGCAUCUCGGGCAGCUCGCCUUGUUGCCGAUCUCCGUCAACUGUUAACAUUAAAACAGCAUUAUUAUCCGGAGGGUGGCUGGGGAUGGGUCGUCGUCUUCGCAGGAUUUAUUGUUAGCUUUUUAGGUCACGGCCUCCUUCUCUCUUUUGGAAUGCUCCAAAUGGAAAUCGAAAGAAAAUUCCAAAUGCCUCUUCAUCCUUCACCAGGUUGGUUGGGAGCGAUGUCAACAGGAGUAGCCCUCCUCAUAUCUCCAGUUACCAUAGCGUUCUGUAGACGCAAAUCCACGCGAGUAACUGCGGUUAUGGGAGGACUUGUUACCGCCUUGGGUUGUUUAUUUACCUCAUUUGCAACUCAAUUUCAUCAGCUGUUUUUCAGUUAUGGAACAGUGGUUGGAAUUGGAGUUGGGAUAACAAGAGACUGUUCAACGUUAAUGGUAGCACAGUAUUUUAAAAGGCGACGAGAAUUCGUUGAAAUUUUCAUCGUUUCUGGUAGUGGACUCGGAAUAGCUAUCAUGUCAUAUGUGAUCAAAAGCACAAUUGGAGCCCUUGGUUGGCGUCUUGGUUUACAAGCAGUGACGGGAGCCCUGUCGAUGACCUUCAUUCUGGGGACAUUCUACAGAUCCGCGUCCCUCUAUCAUCCACAACGAAGGGCAAUAUUACACAUUAAAAAUCAAAAACGUAAAAUAAAAGACAAGAACAAAAUUGAAGACAAAAUACCCUUCUUCGAUUUUAGCACGCUUAAAAGCAAGACUGUUCGAAUUCUUCUCGUAUCCACGGGUAUUAGCGCGUUCGGUAUCAACACACCCAUAUUUUACUUGUCAUAUCAAGCGGAAGCCGAAGGACUGGGCGAUUCCACAGUACUUCUUCAGAUGUAUUUGGGUUUAGCGUGGACCCUUGGUUGCGUUGUGUUCAGUACUCUCGUCCUUCACAAUUCAACUGAAUGUCGCAUCGCAAGACAAUAUUUGUGCCAGGCGGCAGUAUUCAUGUGUGGGCUUUCCAUUUUAGCAUUUACGGUUGUUAGUGGUAAUUACCAUGCAUACGUGAUGUUCGCAUGGAUUUAUGGCAUUUUUUGCGGAGGCUAUCAUUACUCCUUAAAAAUGUACACAUACGAAAGGGUUCGAGCAAGAAAUUUUGCAAGAACAUGGGGAUUCGUGCAGUGCUCCCAAGCAAUUCCCAUAGUUUUAGGGGUUCCAUUUUCAGGAUAUAUGAAUGAAAAGUGCGGUGAGAAAACAGGGUACUACUUUAGUUCGACAUGCGCCCUCCUGGGUAGCAUAACGUUGUUCUUUAUCGAUCUCCAUCGUCGGAAUAUAGCGCGUCACAAGCAUACGCGUGAAAAUGGCACUCGCCACGUAUGCAUGAACGAAAACUGCCCCCAAAGACGCAGACUGUCGUUUUCGCAGGAGCCUGAGAAUGAAGGCGGUGGCGCCACCUCCGGCACUCCUGCAGCUGCCGUAAUUCUAAGCAAAGACCACGCGUCCAACCACCAGUCUGGCAUCAUCGACAACAUGGUCUGUUCAAAUGACAAACAGGAGCUUACAUGCAUCUCCGAGGAAGGAAUAGCAGACAUGGAUCUGCCCGACAACCUCCUCGAUGACCUGGACUACAUUGGCGACUGCAUCACUUCCUGCAAUAAAGUCGAGAAUUACCUCAUGCUGAGCGAGUUUGAGAAUAACCUUAUAGCUGAAUUGCCGGUCAUUCUGGACCGGAAAGGGAGGAGAUGGUCACUGGCGAGAUCGAAGCUUGCCCCAGGGACGAUCGAAGAUCAAAAUAAUGCAGUAGUGAACGAGGACGAUGAUAUUAGUAACGGGGUUGGAAAAACGACCCGGAAACCGUUUGCUAACCGCGUAAUUACUGUUAUCGACGAAUCGUCCGUUUAAAAAUGAGUCUGAAUAGCGUAAUAGUUGAAUAAAAGUUCGAAAAGACUACCUCAACACCCACUGAUUUAUUGAAUGUAGAGUCGUAGUCUUCGAAUUCGAAGUAGAGGGAUGAAUUACCUUUUUAUACAAUUUCGGAAACAUCUUUUACGAAGCUACUUGUUUAUUUUCUUUAUCAGUAGAAAUGGUACUUUGGUCUUUCAGUGUUUCAAUAAAUAUGCAACUAAAAUUAAUAAAAUAGGAACAAAUACGAACGCUAAAGGUUGCAAAUCAGUAUACUAUUGCAAAGCUUAACAACCAGCCAGUUAAUUUAUAAUUAUUAACGAACCAUGAAUACUUCUAAAGUAUAACGAUGAAAUUAAGUUUGUGAAGCAAUAAUUCCAGAUAGAAUGGGUACCUAUUCCUAUAAGGAUUCAAUUUUUCAUUUUUAGAUGAGAAUGGCUAAAUAAAAAUUGGUACGAUAAAUCGAACAUAAUCGUAAUCUAAAAUUUAAUCAUACAAAAAAAAUGACAUUUUCUUACGAGGUACCUAUUGAUAAUAGUUUCAUGAAGUUAUAUCAAAGCUAAUUGGUUGUUUUCACUUCUUAUUCCUUGUCUUCUGUGUUCCAUCGUAUUCCGUGUUUAAUUUCUUCCGAUGUGGAAGUUGAAAUUUACUUUAUAUACUUACAUUCAUUCUAAAUACUAUAAAACAAAUCAAAGGAAAAAUCAAACAAAGCAUAAGAAUGCUUUCAUAUAUUUAUUUACUUCAAUUUUACAUUUUAUGGGUACAUAAUAAGCAAUAAUUUUGAAUUUAGGUAAGUAAUUCAUCCCUUUAUCGAUCAGAUAUAACUCUGUGUAUUAUAAAAUACCGUAAAUCUGUUUUAGGGUAUGAACUUUCC